AUGUAUUCAAAAAAGCAUUUUUGGUUUCGCCUUCUAUUGACUUUUGCUGUCAUAAGCCAGACAGGUGCUCGGAUCAAGUUUACAAACUUUAAGUGCACAUCUAUGGCUAAAAGUGUGGCCGAUUUUGAAUAUUGCAUUCUCAAAUCCAAUAGCCAAACGGAAUACGUUUCGCUUAAGUUAAAAGUUUUUAAUUUUCCCAUCAAGUCUUUCAAGGUUUACUUUGGAUUGUACCAACUGGUCAAUGGGUACAGUCCGUUUCUAUACAACAUAACCGUAGAUGGUUGCAAAUUUUUCCACAGCCAGAAAAGCAAUCCGGUCACUAAAUACUUCUAUGACCUCAUCAAGCAUGUCAGCAACUUGAAUCAUUCCUGUCCCUAUAAUCAUGACUUUAUUGUGCAUAAGUUCUCAUCUGAGAUGGUUAAUGGUCGACUUCCGAAAAAUCUUCCCUUUCCGGAAGGGAUUUACCUGUUUGAUGCGCAUUGGAUCGCCCAUAAUGAAUAUCGUGCAAUAACCAAGUUAUAUAUGUACAUUUCCAAAUCCUGA